AAAAAAAAAAAAGCUGACGCACUGAGCCGGGAGAGACUUUAGCUCCAUGUUCAUCUGAAAGCUCCAUCAGCCGCAGAUUCAUCUUUUCCAGACAUUUUUAUUUUCUUUCGACAAGAUGCUCAACGCGCUGAAGAGCUGCGAGUUGCAGGCCGGAGGCUUUAACUUUGAAAACUGUCGCAGAAAUGCAGUGUUGGAGUCCAAUUUGUCAGACUUUGGCUACAAGGCUCCCAACGCCAGGAAGACGGGGACGACGAUCGCCGGGCUUCUCUACAAGGACGGGGUGGUCCUGGGCGCCGACACCAGAGCCACAGACGACAUGGUGGUGGCCACCAAGAACUGCAUGAAGAUCCACUACAUCGCUCCCAAAAUCUACUGCUGUGGAGCCGGCGUGGCCGCCGACGCCGAUGUCACCACCCAGAUUAUGUCAUCCAACGUGGAGCUGCACAUGCUCAACACCGGGCGGCCGCCUCUGGUCGCCAUGGUAACGAGGCAGCUGAAACAGAUGCUGUUCAGGUAUCAGGGUCACGUCGGGUCGUCUCUAAUCAUCGGUGGGGUCGAUGUGACCGGAGCUCACCUCUACAGCGUUUACCCACACGGCUCCUACGACAAGCUGCCUUUCGUCACCAUGGGUUCAGGAGCUGCGGCUGCUGUCUCUGUGUUUGAGGACAGAUUCAAACCAAACAUGGAGCUGGAGGAGGCGAAGCAGCUCGUACGAGACGCCAUCGCUGCAGGGAUUUUCUGCGACCUGGGAUCGGGCAGCAACGUGGAUCUGUGUGUGAUCACCGAGGCCGGGGUGGAUUACCUGCGAGGCUACGACAAGCCGGCGGAGAAGGGCAAAAAGGAGGGGCAGUACAGGUACAAGCCGGGCACCACGGCCGUCCUGACCAAAACCGUGACCCCUCUCACCGUGGAUGUGGUGGACGAAACAGUUGAGAUCAUGGACACGCAGUGAAAUGCAUUAUUUAAGAACACAAAUGCUUAAAAUGCAGUCGAUACAACAUCAUCUGAAAUAAAAUGGUCCUAAGAAGACGGAAAAAAGCAUAGCAGCAUUUUUU